AAUUAGGGAUAACUUUAAUUUACUAUUCAUUGUUUUUCUAAUGAUAUUGUUGUUGUUAAAAAAAUUCUCAUUAGAUUACAGAACUUUGCUUGGAUCUGCAACCUAAAACACACAACUACUUCUGCAAGAACCAGCUGUUCCCACACGAGAUUACUCAAAGUUAUUAAUGAUUUAUUUACGGCGAGCACUAUAGUGCGAUUCGAUGCCAGGCAGCAGCGACACACAAAGACUGGUGGUCUCCCAGGACGAGGAUGAGGAGAUCCUGGGCACGGAUGGCAGCUUUGUGCCCGCCUUUCGCCCGCAAGACCACCAGGACUAUUUAUUGGAGGACGAUCGGUGUCUGCUGGAGCGCCAGCAGGACGAAGUGGUCCUGGUGUCCAACGAACCCAGAAGCGGCAGGCUCUUCACCUACUUCGUGUUCUACCUUCUCGGAAUCGGCACCAUGACACCGUGGAACUUCUUUGUGACCGCCGAAGACUACUGGAAGUAUAAGUUUCGCAAUACCUCUCUCAACUACACGGAUCUGGACGAGGAGCUCACCCCGCUACAAAAGAGUUUCACCUGCGACUUGGCUCUUACGGCCACUAUUUCGGGCACGACCUUUCUACUGCUCAAUGCCAUCUACGGUCACCUUGUGUCCCUUCGAACCAAGAUGCUGGGAACGCUAUGGGUGAUCCUCGUGUUGUUCGGUGUCACCACCGGCUUUGUUGAAGUCAACACUGACUCGUGGCAGGAACAGUUCUUCCUGAUCACGCUCAUCAUCGUGGUGCUGUUAAAUAUUUCUGCGGCUACUAUGUCGGGAGCCCUUUACGGAGUCGCAGGCCUGUUUCCCUCCGAAUUCAUUACCGCCGUGGUCAGCGGGCAGGCUCUGGGCGGCAUUCUCACGGCCCUGGCCUUCAUCCUCGUGCUCGCAUUUGACACGGGCCCCAAUACCACCGCCUUCAUCUUCUUCAUCGUGGGCGGAGUGCUCAUCCUGCUCUGCAUAGUUUGCUAUGUGAUCUUGGCGCGGAAGCCCUUUUUCAAGUAUUACCUGGAGGGCGGCGACAAGUACAAGGUAAUCCGAGCGGUGCCCUCGCACAGCCGCAAUGAAGGAGCCGAGGGUCUGACGCUUGAGCCAAUUUUGCGGCAGGUCAUGUCGAAGAUAUAUCUGCAUGCUGUCUGCCUCGCACUGCUCUACGUAACGACACUGUCUGUCUAUCCGGCGGUUACAGUGCUAAUGCAGUCUGAGGGUGGCCACAACGAGUGGACAGAUGUCUAUUACCUACCCGUGGUCAACUAUCUGAUCUUCAACUGCGGCGACUACUUUGGGCGGCUUUUUGCCGGCUGGCUGGAGCGACCCAUCAACCAGAACACUUCGCUGCUAUUCAUUGUAGCGCGCAUGGUGUUCGUUCCGUUCUUCCUGUGCUCCAACUCCAGCGAGCACAACUUUAUGCCCGUGUUGGUGAAGCACGACUACACUUUUAUCGCGAUGAUGGUUGUGUUUGCAUUGUCAAAUGGGUAUUUUACUAACAUACUGCUCAUAAUGGCGCCCAAGAGCGUGAAACAGCACGAGAAGGAGCUGGCUUCCUCGAUUAUGGCUGCCGCUCUGAGCUGUGGCAUGGCCGUGGGAUCGCUGCUCAGCUUGGUCUUUGUUCAGAUGCUGUGAUCACGCUAUAACAAUGAGUCUGCAGAUGGUGCCUUAGGAAAUGAUUGAAUCUUUAAGCUUUAAAGUCUUAUUUUACCUGAUAUUUGUUACAUAUCGUAAAUUUAAGCAAUGUUCUUAAAGUCAAUUCUGUUUGUAAAAACUUUUUAGUGCUCCAAAUUGCCACGAAUUUUCAAGAUAUCCCAUGUUUAACUGUUUGUCAAAGUUUUUUUUUACCAAUGUACGUUAUAAUAUUGUGUAGAUGUAAGCUUUAAAGAUUUGCUUAAAAUAAGAACAAAUUUUUUAACAAAUUUAAAAACGCUGAAAUUCUUUAGGUUUAACGUUUAUUUUUAGUUUUUCUUCGGAUCACAACAACAAUGUGGAUUAAUUUUAUUUGUUUUCCUUUUGACAUUAUUCUUUGAUUUAACUAAUGAACUCCAUUGUAAAAGUUGACUGCAAUUGAUUUAAGAUGUACACACUUUUAUUGAACUUUUGUUUACCGCCCUGCACUUUGAGGUACGAUUUUAAAGGCUAUGAAAUAGAUCAAAUUUUAUGAAAGCACAGUUUUUAAGUAAUCGGGGGGCUACCACGACUUACAUUUAAGAACAAGGUUUUGACUGACUUGGGUUGCUGGAAACCCGACCCUUCUCACAUUUUAAACCUGUGGGGAACAGUGGAACAAAGAGAUCUCGGAAUGAUUGUUUCAGACUUUUAGGAAUAAUCACCUUUCCAAAAAAAUAUUUCAAACAUCGAAUGCUUUGCAGAACUUUGUUAACCUCCUUUCAGUUUCAGGGCGACACUUUUUACUUGGUGUAUCUUGUUAAUUUGGAUUCACUUUACUAGUUUUGAGUAAACUUUAUCUUAAAUUCUUGCUAACAUCGAGAGUUAUUGGUUUCGGUAAACGUUUUAUAAGUGCCUCGGCAAUAUUAUUGCAACAAUGGGGUUCGGCUUCUCAUGUAUGUCGAUUUUUGUAUAACUCUAGGGUAAGUCUAACAUUUAUUUAACUAGUUUAAGAUAUAGGCAACAACAAAUUCGUCAGUUGCUCUGCUCAAAAUGUGUCUUUCUGCUCCUCCUUUAUGGCCUAAAUGUUUCCGUAUUUAUUUUCCUUAUUCAUUCUUUGUUUCCUUCGAAAUCUUACGCUGCUCUUCGGGUUUUCUGGUGUUUGACACCGACUUGCUUUUCAAUUAAAUUUCAUUUUCGUAUAAGUUAUGAGUUUACCGUUAACUUAGCUUAACAAACACACGUAAACAACGAACAUCGAUUAAAGCCUUGAUUGAAGUGGGUGUAAGGUAAUCGAGCGGGUGGCAUGCAAAAGAUAGUCUGCGGUUAAGAAAGCAACUACAACAUCAACAUCAAGGGUAGGGAAAGCGAACAACAUCGACAGCACACAGAUACGGAUGCAGAUAUAGUUGAUCGGGUAAUGCUUACAUACGUACAACACCAAAACUAUGUAUUUCGAACUGGAUAAUGCUGCUGAAUUGGAUAAGUCAAGCCAAUUACACGGUUACACAGAGAUAGACACUGAACGAGUUAGACGAUAGACAACCAACACCGACCGACCGACCGAUCGAUCGGAGAAACACGCACUCUGGAUACUCUGGAUAUUGCUUGUUGCUAUGUGGAUAUACAUAUCGUAUCUUGGGAACAAUCUUAACAUGGAAUCUACGACACACGCACACCAAAAACUACAACAUC